CCCGCUGGACCGCGUGCCCGAGCCGCCGCCGCCGCCGCCCCGCGAGCGAGCGGCCCCGCGGAGGAGGCGGCGCCCCGGGGGAGGAGGCGCCCGCGCGCCGCAGACCGCCCGCCCGCCCGCGGCUGAGGCCACCGGGUCGCGCCGCGGCGGGAGCGGCCGGCAGAGGCUGCGUGGCCGAAGGGGAGGGUCGGGGGAGGGAACGUCGCCCCGACCCGCCUCCCCCACCGCCCGCCCGGCCGCAGGCUCCGAGCCUCAGUCGGCGCCCAGCAUCUCGCUGCCCCGGACCCCGCGGCGGGCGUGCACUGGGCUCCGCUCAGGCUCAGGACUGCAGGUGGACAUCUCUCCUGCCCAGGAACCAUUGAGUGUGUGGACAGGACCACCACCUCAGAAGACCGGCUACACCAGAGUCCCGCCUCGGCAUGGGCCUUGCCAUUGAGUCAGCCCCGCUUUUGGCUCUGCUGUCUGUGCUGGUCUGAGGGUGCUGCCCAUCAUGGGGGCAGCCAUAUCCCAGGGCGCCCUCAUCGCCAUCGUCUGCAACGGCCUGGUAGGCUUCUUGCUACUGCUCCUCUGGGUCAUUCUCUGCUGGGCCUGCCACUCCCGCUCUGCCGAUAUCGACUCGCUCUCUGAAUCCAGUCCCAACUCCAGCCCUGGUCCCUGCCCCGAGAAGGCACCCCCACCCCAGAAACCCAGCCAUGAAGGCAGCUACCUACUGCAGCCCUGAAGGCCCCUGACCUCGCCUGGAGUCUGGGACCUAAGUCCACCUCACCCAGAGCCUGGAAUCCGGAUCCCAGGAUCCAGCCAGCCUGGGGUCCAGAACUCAGAGUCCAGCCUGUCCGGAGCUGGACCUAGCAGCCCAGAGUCUCGCCAGCCUGGCUCUACGAGGGGCACUGGUGGCCGUGGGGAAACAGGCCCGGGGUGGGGGGUUCAUGAGUUGGUGCUAGGGCCUGGGCCAUCUGGACUCUGCUCCAUCUCAAGGGCCAGGGGCUGGGUCCACUCUCUCCUUGGGCCUAGUGCCUCUAGGCCCUCUCAGUUGGGAAAGCAAACGAAUCCUUGGCAAUAAUGGGAGGGCAUCCAGGCUGGGCCCCUCCUCUGCCCCUCCCACUGUUUGCUGGAUAAUAAAUGGAACUAUGGUUCUACCCUGA